AGACCAUGGGCCAUGAAUGCAGAAGUGUCAAAAUAAAGUCAUUUUUUGAGUGAAAAAGUUAGCUGCGGUACUGACGUGUGAUAUAUGUGGGCUGUGGAGCGAAAGGAGAUAAGGUGAUAGUAAAAUCCAUACGUAUAAAUGUGAGGGAAAGCCAAGGAAAGAUUUGUGAGGAUUGUUCUUGCCGAGGACUCAACAAUUUUUUCUUCUAAAUUCGGAAUGGCAGCCCCAAAGGAAGAAGCUGAACGUUUGGUAAAGCUGGCAGAGUCUUGUAUCCUAGAUGAAAAAUUCGACGCAGCUGAAGACUAUAUCCAACAAGCUUUGAACAUCCACCCAUCUCCUAAAAUUCAAGAAGCACUCUCCCUACUGAAACAGCGUUCAGGAAGAAAUGAAACUGCAGAGCCCACAUUAAGACGGAGAAAGGCAGAAAGUGAGGAUUCUCCUAAAUUUACUGAGGAACAAGUGCAAUUUGUUGAAAGAAUCAAAAGUGCAAAUGAUUACUAUGAGAUCUUAGCAGUCAGUAAAAAAGCAACAAGUACGGAAUUAAAACAGGCCUUUAAAAACAGGUGUCUGGAAGUACAUCCUGAUAAAAACAAGGCACCUGGCGCCACUGAGGCAUUUCAAGCCGUUGGACUUGCUUUUGGGGUUUUAAUUGAUCCUGAAAAACGCGAGGAGUAUGACUCACAAGGAAUAGCAAUGAAACUUGAAACAGGGGAAAUAUUUGGACAAAACUUAGCCCUAUUGGUGCUUGGUUUUAUUGGAAUGGCUGGGAUUGGUGCCCUAGCUUGGCACGCAACAAAAUCUUCACGAGCCUCUAAGAAAAAGUAGUUUAUUAUCUGACUUCGAUGAUAAAAUAAUUCGUGAAAAUCGGUGUAACAUAUUUAUUCAGAACUUCCAAUAAAUCUCUGAACCAAUGAAAA